UAGCAACGGCGCAGCCAAUGGGCAUCGUCCUGGCGGGUCCACCGACUGCGUUGCCCCUAGCAACGCUGCCAAAAAAGCGCCUUGACGUCGGUUCUCUGCUCGGAGAGUAUUAUGGUCUGCCGGGCGUUCAGCGCAUGCUGGGACUGCCCCGCUAACACUAGCAAGCUAACGGGUAGGUUCGCAGCGGAGUAAACAUGGAGCUCUCCGCCGUCGGGGAGAGGGUGUUCGCCGCCGAGUUUAUCCUCAAACGCCGGAUACGCAAGGGGAGGAUUGAGUACCUUGUCAAGUGGAAGGGCUGGUCUCCCAAAUACAGCACGUGGGAGCCGGAGGAGAACAUUCUAGACUCCCGCCUCUUCGCCGCUUUUGAGCAGAGAGAGCGCGAACGGGAGCGGAGCGGGCCCAAAAAGAGAGGACCGAAACCCAAGACCUUUCUGCUCAAGGCCCAGGCUAAAAGCCCGGGCACGCACAUCACCUACCCCACCCCAGGGCCUGUCGUAGCCCCGAGGACCAGAGAGGGCCUGCGAGCUGUCGUUCCUACCGUUUUCCCAUCAAGCACUGUUAACGGAGGAGACUGUGUGCAUUUGGGAGCACCAGAACUGACCUACGAGCACCAUCCGCAAGCCCUGCGGCAAACCAACACUGGAGGCCUUGAAGCCAAAAGGAGAGGCCUAAAGCCGAAGCUCCCUGAGAGAAAAAACAAGGACCAUGCAAGCCAGAGCUCUCACAAACUGCUAAAACUUCACAAUAGUAACGAUAUGAGGUUGGUUUACCACCAAUACAAGAAGAACCAUUGUCACAAACACCAUCGACAUAAUCACCUCCACCACCGGGGAAUGACCGCGGGGGGAUCCUACAAGCAGCUUUACUCAGACUCGCACAGCAGUGACCCACACAGGACUAAGACCUGCUCCGGCAUGGCACCCGUGGAGAAACCUCACUUCCCGGACAGGCCUUCUCCAACCCGGCUUGACCACGACUCGGACCAAGAGACCUGGAGGCCUGCUCUGUGCAACAUGGAACAGGUAAUUGUGACAGACGUGACCGCUAACUUCCUGACUGUCACCAUUAAGGAGAGCAGCAGCUCCAAAGGCUUUUUUAAGGGAUAACCGAUGACUUUGAAUAAUUAAGGAUAUUUGGGGGUGGCCAAACUCUUUCCGUCAAAGGAUACGUUUUGUACACUAAAGAUGCUAAAAGCAAUAUAAACUAUCUAAACAUAAUGUCCAAGAUUUUGUCGUAGUUGACAAAGCACAUUAGUGUAAUCCCCCAAAAUAUAUUCAAAAAAAUAUUUUUGAUCAUUUGGACUGAUUCAAAAAUUGAGCUUUGUGCUGAAAAUGGCACUAUACUUUGGACACCCCUGGUGUAAAAUAUGUCAUGUACCGUAUUUUUCCGAGUAUAAGUCGCUCCGGAGUAUAAGUCACACCGGCCGAAAAUGCAUAAUAAAGAAGGGAAAAAACAUAUAUAAAUCGCACUGGAGUAUAAGUCGCAUUUUUGGGGGAAAUUUAUUUGAUAAAACCCAACACCAAGAAUAGACAUUUGAAAGGCAAUUUAAAAUAAAUAAAAAAAUAGUGAACAACAGGCUGAAUAAGUGUACGUUAUAUGAGGCAUAAUUAACCAACUGAGAACGUGCCUGGUAUGUUAACGUAACAUAUUAUGGUAAGAGUCAUUCAAAUAACUAUAACAUAUAGAACAUGCUAUACGUUUACCAAACAAUCUGUCACUCCUAGUCGCUAAAUCCCAUGAAAUCUUAUACGUCUAGUCUCUUACCUGAAUGAGCUUAAUAAUAUGAUUUGAUAUUUUACGGUAAUGUGUUAAUAAUUUCACACAUAAGUCGCUCCUGAGUAUACGUCGCACCCCCGGCCAAACUAUGAAAAAAAACUGGGACUUAUAGUCCGAAAAAUACGGUACAUAUGUGUACAUACAGUUUAAUGUAUAUUAGCCAAAACUAAUGCAAGUCCUGUUAGACAUGCUUUUUUUGAAACCCCUUGUAAAAUCAACAUUUAACAAUCACAUUGCUUUUUCCAUUUUUGGAUUUAGAAUAAUUAAUUUAAACCGCACCCAAACUGAAUCAAUUAUUGGGAAUUUUUUUAUUUUUUAUAUAUAUAUAUAUCAAUGAGGUAUCCUUAUGUACAAUAACAUUACCAUUAAUAAUUCACUGAUAAACAAGAAGUAGUUAUUUACAAGAUGAGUUCAAGUAAGUAUAUACAAAAUUCAAUUGAUUUAGAAACAUAGCAGGCCCAUGCGCUGUCUUGCCUUGACAUGCCCUGCAUAUCAGCGCCCCCUGUCUACGUAUGUUGUUACUGCAUGCAUGCAGCGACCCCAAAUAAAUGCCCUAACAUGUUUAAUUGUCAGCUAAUCAUGUUGUGUUCAGGCCUGACUAAACACUUUACUAACAACAGUUUUACAUGUGUUUGAACAGGAUUUCCAAUAAACGAAACAUUUCAUGCUUUCAGUUACAAAUCCCUUCUGGUUUGUCUUUUUUUAGAGUCAAAGGUCAAUGUCAGGUGAUGUCCUCAUGUAAUGUAAAAAAAAAAAUCACAAAACCCGGAAAGGGACAAGCUGUAGGAAAUGGAUAGAAGUGUCUUUGGAGUUAUUUAGUUAACAGUGCUUAGAAAUCUUGGAUCAAACCCAAGUGUUGCUUCCGCUGCAUACACAACAAAAAAAUACCGCAGAAGUAAAGUUUAGAUCCAUGAAGGAAAGAAGAAAG